AUGCCGCAUGAACGGCAGGGUAAAACACCACAACUUCGAGCUAACUGUUAUACAGAGCUGACGCCGCCGACGGCCGUAACGCAUUCGACGACACUACAAUUUAUCCCUGGGCAAGGCACGAACCUCGCCGUCGCCAAGUCGUCUCUCCUCCAAAUAUUUCGAACAAAGGUUAUUGCGACCGAACUCGACACAUCGCAAAAUAACGGCCACCGGACACGAAAUGCGAAUCGAUAUGAAAGCCGGUUAGCCAACGAUGACGAUGGCCUCGAAGCAUCCUUCCUUGGCGGUGAUAGCCUAGCACAACGGACCGAUCGUGCCAACUACACGAAACUGGUCCUCGUCGCCGAGUUUCCGCUUGCGGGCACGGUGACGGGGCUUGUUAGGAUAAAGACACCAAACGCGCGCCUCGGUCUGGACUCGCUUUUGCUUGCAUUUAAGGACGCAAAGCUCAGUCUCGUCGAGUGGGACACGGAACAUCACACCUUAUCGACCGUAUCCAUCCACUACUACGAACAGGAAGAACUCCAAGGAAGCCCCUGGGCAGCCCCAUUGAGUCAUUAUGCCAACUUCUUGGCCGCUGACCCGGGCAGUAGAUGUGCUGCGCUCAAGUUCGGUGCCAGAAACCUGGCCAUCCUGCCCUUCAAGCAGGCCGAUGAGGACAUUGACAUGGGUGACUGGGAUGAAGAGCUGGACGGCCCGCGGCCGGCCAAAGACCUGUCGAGCGCCGUCAUAAAUGGAGCUAGCAACAUAGAAGACACACCAUAUUCACCGUCAUUUGUCCUCCGACUCUCCAAUCUUGACCCAAGCCUGCUCCAUCCUGUGCACCUGGCCUUCCUGCAUGAGUACCGAGAGCCCACCUUUGGCAUCCUCGCCUCCACCGCCGCCGCCUCGAACUCGCUCGGCCGCAAGGAUCAUUUCGUCUACAUGGUCUUCACCCUCGAUCUCCAGCAAAAGGCCUCCACCACCAUCCUCUCCGUCACUGGUCUGCCUCAGGACCUCUUCCGCGUCGUGCCCCUGCCCGCUCCGGUUGGCGGCGCCUUGCUCGUAGGGUCCAACGAGCUCAUUCACAUCGACCAGUCGGGCAAGCCAAACGGCGUAGCCGUCAACCCAAUGACCAAACAUUGCACCUCAUUCGGCCUUGUCGACCAGUCCGACCUCAACCUCCGUCUAGAAGGCUGCGUCAUUGACGUCCUGGCCGCCGACCUAGGCGAGCUUCUGAUCAUCCUAAACGACGGUCAGAUGGCCGUAAUGACCCUCCGUAUCGACGGCCGUACCGUCUCCGGCUUGGAGCUGAAGAUACUCCCCGCAUCCUCUGGGGGAUCUAUCGUGCCUGGUCGCGUUUCUACGCUCUCGCGCAUUGGCCGUAAUGCCAUGUUUGCCGGGCUCGAAGAGGGCGACUCUGUAUUGUUUGGGUGGGCUAAGAAGCAGACCCAGGUUGGGCGAAGGAAGCCCCGGACCAAGGACAAUGCCGGGGACGUGGACGUCGAGGAAGAUGAAGACAUCGAGGAGGAAGAGGAGGACGAAGACGACCUGUACGGCGAAGCCUCAGCGCCGCAGCAUCAGCCUGUGUCGGCAGUGAGCGGCCUGCUGAGCGGAGAGGCUAGCCUUCGCGUCCACGACCGUCUCAUCAACCUCGGCCCCAUUCAAGCCAUGACGUAUAGUCAACCGGUCUGGCUACCUGGGAGCGAGGAGGAACGAAACUCGGCCGGCGUCCACAGUGACUUACAGCUGGUCUGCGCCGUGGGCAGAGAGAAGUCGGCUUCUCUCGUGACCAUGAACCUCGAGAUACAACCAAAGGUUAUCGGCCGUUUUGAGUUCCCCGAGGCGAGGGGGUUCUGGACUAUGUGUGCCAAAAAACCAAUCCCUAAGACGCUCCAAAGUGACAAGGGCGGGAAUUUCCUCGGGAAAGACUACGACGUGUCCGGCCAGUACGAUAAGUUUAUGAUUGUCGCCAAGGUGGAUCUGGACGGCUAUGAAAAGUCUGACGUGUAUGCGCUCACCGCCGCCGGGUUUGAGAGCCUCGGUGGCACCGAGUUCGACCCUGCAGCCGGCAUCACCAUUGAGGCCGGGACCAUGGGCAAGGGCAGUAGGAUUAUUCAGGUGCUCAAGUCUGAAGUCCGAUGUUAUGAUGGAGAUUUCGGUCUCAGCCAGAUCGUACCCAUGCUUGAUGAAGAGACCGGCGCCGAGCCUCGGGCUAUCAGUGCAAGUAUUGCCGACCCUCUCCUGCUCAUCAUUCGGGAUGACUCGAGCGUGUUCGUUGCCCAAAUGGACAGUAGCAACGAGCUGGAGGAGCUCGAAAAGGAGGACCAAACCUUGGCUACCACCAAGUGGCUUACCGGCUGCCUGUACGCCGACACGACUGGCGCGUUUGCGGAAGAGGUAGCCGGAAAGGGGGGCAAACCAGCUCAGGCCAUACUGGUGUUCCUUCUUAGCGCCAGUGGCUCUCUCUAUAUAUAUCGGCUUCCGGACCUGUCAAAACCUGUCUAUGUCGCUGAAGGAUUGUCUUACAUACCCCCAGGUCUCUCAGCCGACUAUUCUGCACGCAAAGGCACGGCAAAGGAGACAGUGGCAGAGAUUCUGGUGGCUGAUCUCGCUAACCGGUCGCAGCUCCGUCAUGCAAACGACGACCUCACAAUCUACCAGCCGUUCCGCUACAGUACUAGCGCUGGCGCGGACUUCUCCAAGACCCUAUUCUUCCAGAAGCUCCCAAACGCGGCCUUUGCCAAAAGCCCGGAAGAAGCAGACGAGGACGAGGCAACACACCAGCCUCGGAUGUUAUCCAUGCGCAGGUGCAGUAACAUCGCCGGAUACAGCACCGUUUUUCUACCCGGUGCAUCGCCAAGUUUCAUCAUAAAAUCAUCCAAAUCAGCGCCGAGGGUGCUACCGCUUCAAGGGGCAGGCGUGAUAGCCAUGAGCCCAUUCCACACCGAGGGCUGUGAGAAUGGCUUCAUCUACGCAGACUCCCAACACAUGGCGCGGGUUACGCAGCUGCCGCAGGAUUGGAACUACGCCGAGACUGGGCUUGCCGUCCGGAAAAUACCUAUCGGCGAGGAUAUCGCUGCUGUCGCGUACCACCCGCCAAUGCAAAGCUACGUGGUGGGCUGCAACACGCUCGAGCCGUUUGAGCUACCCAAGGAUGACGACUAUCACAAGGAGUGGGCACGGGAGAACCUAUCGUUUAAACCCACCGUCGACCGCGGCAUCCUCAAGCUCGUGAGCCCCAUCACGUGGACCGUGGUCGACUCGGUUCAAAUGGAGCCCUGCGAGACCGUUCUCUGCGUCGCCACCCUGAGCCUGGAGGUGUCCGAAUUCACCAACGAACGGAAGCAGCUCAUCGCCGUGGGGACCGCACUCAUCAAGGGCGAGGAUCUGCCAACUAGGGGCCGGGUCUACGUCUACGACAUCACCGAGGUCAUCCCCGAGCCCGGGCGCCCGGAGACCAGCAAGAAGUUGAAGCUGAUAGCAAAAGAGGAGAUCCCACGGGGCGCAGUCACCGCGCUGUCUGAGAUUGGCACACAGGGUCUCAUGCUGGUUGCCCAAGGGCAGAAGUGCAUGGUCAGAGGUCUCAAGGAAGACGGCACGCUGCUACCCGUGGCCUUUAUGGACAUGAACUGCUAUGUCACCAACGCCAAGGAGCUCCCGGGGACUGGGCUGUGCCUGUUGGCGGACGCUUUCAAGGGCGUGUGGUUCACGGGAUACACUGAGGAGCCGUAUAAGAUGAUGCUGUUCGGGAAGAGCUCGACCAAACUUGAGGUGCUAAACGCGGAUUUCCUGCCCGACGGAAAGGAUCUCUUUAUCGUAGCAUGCGACGCCGACGGCAACAUCCACAUCCUGGAGUUUGACCCCGAGCACCCGAAAUCCCUCCAAGGCCACCUCCUCCUACACCGCACGACCUUCAACACCGGCGCCAACCACCCCACCAAAUCCCUCCUCCUCCCUGCCUCCACCCCCGCCAAAAAAGCCGCCGACAAAGCCAAACAAAAACAGCAGCAGCAACAACAAUCAACUACCCAACCCGACGCCCUCACCGAGCACGAAACAUGUAUCCUUCGGCCGAACAUCAAGACUGUCACCGUUUUAAGUCUGCCUUAUCGGCGUGUGUGCCUCUGGGACGAUAUCCGUGCAAGCCCUUAUGGUGCUUCAGAACUGGCCUCGCAAUACCCUUGCCCGUUCUCGCGCAGCUGA